AUGACUGUCGAUAUUCCUGUUGUUGAGCUAUCUGGCUCGGGAGAUAAGCUGCCCGUGAUUGGGUUCGGAUCUGGGACGAAGUGGAGAAUCGCUAAAGCUACGGGCGAGACAAAAGACCAGUACAUUGAUGAGCUGGCAGAGCAAAUCACCAAUGCCAUCGAUGCUGGAUUCACCCAUAUUGAUGCUGCAGAAGCAUACAAAACGCACCAAGAAGUCGGUGCUGGCAUUCGCAAGUCUGGUGUAGCCCGAGACAAAAUCUUUUUGACGGACAAAUACACUCCCUGGUCCUGGGCGUGGAGAAAAGGCACUGGGCCACUGGGGUCGCUAGAAUUGUCGCUCAAACUCAUGGAACUUGACUAUGUGGAUCUCUACUUGAUACAUGUGCCUAACAUUACGCCUGAAAAUGCUGGAAUUGACUUGAAAGAAGCAUGGAGACAAAUGGAGGUGAUUCUCGAGCGCAAAUUGGCUCGCAACAUUGGUGUGUCCAACUUCGACGUCGAAAGCCUCGAGUACAUCAAAAAAAUCGGGAAGUAUCAGCCCGUGGUCAACCAGAUCGAAUUUAAUGCGUACAUGCAGCAGCAGUCGCCAGGUAUCUUGAAGUAUUGCCGAGACAACAACAUCGUGGUCGAGGGUUACUCGCCGCUCGCACCGAUCACCAAAGGAAGACCAGGACCGCUAGACACUGUUUUGUCAACAAUCGCCGCGAAGUAUCACAAGUCCGAAAUGCAGAUUCUACUCCGCUGGGUUAUUCAAAAUGGCAUAGUAGCGGUUACUACGUCGGGAAAUGUGGAUCGCAUCAAGGAAUCCUUGGACAUUUUUGACUUCGAAUUAUCAAAAGAGGAUUUUACUCAAAUCACCAAGCUUGGUCAGGAGAAAAAGUUUAGAGGAUUUUUCGAGGACCGUUACAGCCAGUUUGAUAGUAUUCUUUAUGAUGAUCUGUAA